UACAUCAAAUCAGUGUUUGAGGCCGUCGAUACGAGGUGCUCACAGGAAGAAGAAUAGCAGACGGAAUACACAACUCUAUUGUCUUAUAGCACCUGUCAAAAAUCACAGAAUGUCGUGUCAACAAAAACUGCAACAGAAAAGAUUUAUACCCAAGUUCAGGGAUGCAUCGGGUGAAAUGUACAUGCUGAUACGUUUCCGGGGUGAUAUGUAUCGACGCAUGUGCAAUGCACUCAGCAAAGAAAAAAGGAUUAUGGAAGAAUAUAACGGAGAACUCAUCGGAGUAGCCAACUCGGUCAAUGUCGUAGAGUGUUCUUACAAGUACCCAUCUGAUUGCGGAUUUGCCCUUUUGAAGUUCGAUAGCGAAAGAGAUGGUGAUCAUUGGCUUAUGAGCGACCCAAUAUUUAAACAGCAAGACUGGCCAAACGCAGCCGACACAUUGGAAAUAAGCAUGUUCCCACUUAGCUACAUUCCACAAGAAAAUGGAUACAAAACAUUCCACUUGACCGAAAUUUGCAACGUAUGUGACCGGAACUUCCAACAAAAUUACGUCGACAAAGUGGCCCCGAUCAUGGAUAAGUUCGGAAUUCGACAUGGAUUGGUUGCAACAGAUGACGUUAAAGAUCUAAGGAGAACAUGGAUUGACAGGACGGCGUUUGUCUUGAUCAAUGCAUACGAAAGUAUGGAGCAAUUCAGACAGUUCUACGACUCCGUCCAAUACGCUGACCUAAAGAGAUAUCGACAGGAAACCAGCCACACAACAUCCAUAGUAUUUACAAUUCAUAACGAGCACCCGAGCACCCGGAAGUGACGUAAUGGAUACAAAUUUAAAAUAUAGCAAAACGUAGCAUCUUAACAAUAGAACGAGCAGAACUUUUAAUUAACAGGAUGCGGUUUGUGUUCUGAAGUUGAACUAUUUCGAAAUCUUCCCUCGUCUUCCUUCAUAUGUACUCAUGGCACAUAUCUACGUAAGACAAACAAAUAUCUCCAAAAUAUCUAUGCUCAACAUUCUCAAUCGAUAACAAUAUGGAUCAAAAUGGCAAGUGUUAUCUCAGAAAAAUACAAGCUUUAAUGUCAAAAUAUUUCGCAUAAUCAUAAAAAUGAUUUUUUAUUUAAAAUUAACUCGUUCAAUAUUUAAUUGCUAACUUUUCAUUCUUUUUAAUUUCUUAUUUCGAAUAUUUCUUAUAAGGGAUCAAAGAUUAUGAAAAAAUAAUAUAAAUGGGGAAGGGUCGGUCGGAUAGAUUUAGGUGUUGCCAUGGAAACAAACUGUCAUAUUUCUUUCUUCUGGAGUAUGUCUAAUAUAGAAGUUUUCAGAGUUGUUCAAUAAUGAUUAUGUUACCAACCGAACUACUUGUAUUGAAGAAAUCCUAGAAGAUAGUGUUGGAUUCUAUCGGUGAAAACCAUAGACUUGUGAUAUGUACAUAAACUAUGAUAUUACGAUAUAAUUUAUAUAAUAUGGAUGUAUUGAAUGUAUAAUGAAAACCAAUUUGCGGAGCAGAUUAUUUAUGAAUGACAUUUUUGUAUAUAUUUUCUGCGAAUUUUGUUCAUAAAUAUAUAACAACAUAUGUAGAAUGAAUCACUCCAAGUAUGCUUGCAUGGGGUAGAAAGCCAAAUUAGAUCUCCCGACUUCGUCUUUAGUAUUAAAAAUGUAUAAGACGGACAUAAAUAUUAUCAUAUAUACAAUAAUAUGUAUAUCAUACAUCUUGGUAAUAACGGUAUCUAUAACUAUCGAUUUUUAUUUGUAAAAUGACAACAAAUAUAAUCCGUAAUAACGUUUUUCAAAUCUUUUAUCAAAUAAUUGAAAAAUAUCCAUGCAAUAAAAAGGUUUAAAACAUAGAAGAUGAGUAAAUAUUUAUGACAAAGUAGCAUGCAUAUACAUAAGAUAAAAGACAUUUAAUUCAAGAAAAAAUACAAUAGGAGAGACGACUUAAAUAUUCUAAAUGGGGAAAAGGCCUAUUUUUUUAUUUUUUUAUUUUUUUUUGGUCCGGAGAAAAUGUAUAUUCAAGAAAUCUCUCAUCGUUACUCGUUGUUUCCAUCUCUGUUAUCGUUAUUUACAUUUCUGUAAUUAUAAUAAUAUGAUGUUUUCUGAAGGAGCUUUUUGGAGGUACACGAUGGUAAUGUUAACAGAUAACAUUUCACAAACAUUAAUGUUAUUAGCGCAAAUGUUAAUAAUUAUGUUGUUUUUGGUUUACAAAGAUUUUAGCGUUUCUUGUCUUCAAUCUUUUUAUGAAUACCAUUCCAGUUUUAAAGCAUUACAUUUCAAUAUGAAUUAUUUACUGGUGUUAACGACAACAUUAAACCGGGCUAAUCCACAAUGUAUUUAUAAGAAUAACUUAUUUAAUUAUUGAGGAAAUCACUUUUCAGUAUUUUAUUACCAAUGAAUUAGUUUACUUCAAGUCAAUAAUUGAAAUGUCUUCAACGUUUUUUUGUUGUUUAUUUUUAUAAACAACCCAUAUUGAACAAAUCCAGCAAAGGUCUAUUGUAUUAUUUGUUUGAAAUAAAAGUAUAAAAACAUGAAAAAUUCAUACAUCGCCCAUUGGGCCUCAUAUCGUCUCUUUAUAGGAUACGAGGAGCAAUCACAGAAUUUUUUGUAUUCAUUUGCAAUAUCCGUUUAUCAUCUUUUCAUAAAAACCAUUGUUACUAUAGUUUUACUUCUCUCUUUUCUUGCAGUCUUCUUACAUUAAAGCUGACAAUGUAACCUAUUUAUCUCAUAUUUAUGGAUUAGAUAUUUUCAGAGCGGCCCAUUAUUGCCCAAAAGAGAGCAUUUCAUUUUUGUAUUUACGUAUAACUAACCAUGCAAGUUUUCGCCAAACCCGUAUUGUUACGAGCCCUUUGCUAUUUGAUGCUAAAUUCUUCUUUGGUCAAGCGGACAUUUAACAAAUCAAAUCCGUUAUUGUUGACCCAUCGUGUGCCAGGUUUCUACAACCUGAGAAUAAAAAUCAUAAAUAAAUAAGUCGAUUGUCAGCUUUAAAUCUAGUAUGUGACAAUGAAAUACAUAUAUAUGUAUCUAUGAUUUUUAGAACAAGAUACGGUCAAAACAUGAUCGCCAAAAUAAAACUGGCAGGAAAUAGAUCAUUGUAGAAAAAUGAUAAUUUAAGCUUUGAUUUUAAGGGAAGGUUGAAGUAAAAUCAGGUUUUGUAUUUUGAUUACAUAUUCGUAUUAUAUGUAGUGAAGAAAUAAAUAAAUAUUGAUAUAUA